CGGCGGACGAUCCGUGCUUCUUCCCUCCGCGCCGUUCUGGCGGUCGCUCGGGUGCCCUGUGGCUGUGGUGGGGCCCUUUAGGAAGGGCAGGGGUUGGGGAUGCAGCCGGGGUCGCUGGGCUGAGCCCGCAUGUAGGAGCGGAGAUGGAGGCCCCGGAGCUGUUUGCCACAGCCGUGCCCGAGGAGCAGCUGGAGGGCGGCUGGGACCGGGCCCUGCGGAGGCUGUUCGGGCCCAGCCAGUGCCUGCGCAGCGUGGAGCGCCCCAGGGGCGUGGGAUCCCUUCCCGCCAUUGUGCAGGGCAGGAUGCAGGAGCACUGGCAGAAAGGACGGGGCUUCUCCUCUUGUGGCCAGUGGGAAGAAGCCAUCAUCUGCUAUACAAAAGCCAUCAACCUGGAUCCACAGCGGGCAGAGCUGUAUGAGCAGCGGGCAGAGGCUUUCCUCCAGCUUUGUGACUUCCAGUCAGCCAAGUUGAACUUAAUGAAGGUACUUGCAUUGGCACCUGCACAAGAACAGCACUGCCUGGCUCGUCUGGCUCUUGUCCUUGACCUGCAGGGCCAGAGUCUGCUGGACCAGGAGCUCUACAGUGAGGCCCUGAAGGCCUUCAUACAGGCAGCUGAGCUGCAGCCUCACUGCAGGGUGUUCUACCAGAGGAGCAUCGUGUGCCUUGCUGCCCUUGGCGAGUUCCCAGAGUUCCUCCGGAUGCUUAACAGAGAACUGGAGGAGGAUGUGAGGAACCCUGAUAUGUAUGUGCUCCGUGCCUUCUUCUACAAGCGGUUUGGGCAGCUGGCCCUGUGCCACCAGGACAUCCAACGGGCCCUGAAGCUGGAACCGCAGCACAGAGCUGCCCAGGCUUUGUGGCAGAGGCUGCUGAGACAAGGCCAGGAGGCCAAAGCCCAGGCAGUGUUGAAGGCCCUGUGUGGAGACCUGCGUGGGGCCCUGUAUGAGAUCAGCUUUGCUAUUGAGAGUGACCCGUUGGCUGCUGAAUUCUUCACCCUCAGGGGGACUCUCCUCCGACAGCUCAAGAACUUCAGUGCAGCCAUCAAGGACUUGGUCAGGGCGAGGGAGCUGAGCACAGUGGGGAGCCCAGAGGCCCGGGAGGCUCAGCGGCAGCUGGUGCUCGCCUACAAUGAUUGUGCUGUGCACUGCUAUGCUCUGGGCCAACUUGAUGAGGCUGUAAAGCUCCUUGGUGAAGCAUUGCAAAAUGAAAGGACAGAGCAGGGACUCUACACCAACAGAGGAGACUGCUUCUUUCGCCUGGGGGAGCUGACCUACGCCAUGGCGGAUUACCAGCAGGCGCUGGAGCUGAGUCCAGGGAACCGUGCUGUGCAGGGCCGUGUUGCGGCUGUGUUGCAUGAGAAGGGCUGGCAGGACGUGGCAGCCAGGCGGUUCCUGCAGGCAGAAGCUUGCUUUUCUAUGGCCAUUGAACACGACCCCCAAGAAGCACUGCAUUACCUGUGCCGUGCCGUGGCCAAGCGGUGCCUAGGGAAGGUGGAGAGCUCAAAGGAGGAUGUUGCACACAGCCUGUGGCUCAGCGCCACGGAUAGCAAGAUCCUUUCCCUUGCACGCCGCCUCUUUCCAAGGAGGACUGUCCAGGCUAUCCUGAGGAGCCUUGGCCAACAGACCUCGGAUAAAACACUUCAGAGUCCUCCAAGACUUCCAUCUGAUGAUGCCUGAUGGACAGAAGCAGUAGGUCCCCACAUAAGUGGCACUCCUGUGGAGCUGAGCAGAGCUGGUUCUUCCAGUGCCUGCAAGGUCUGACCAGCAGAAGGACAUCAAAGAAGCUCAAGAGCUCAUAGCACCAAUUGCUCAGCCUGCUGUAGAAAUUACCAUUGAAUAAAGUAUUGUUAAAAACCAUCAGUGUCACCACAGUCUCCUCUGGAGGUAGGAAUGAACUUUUUUUUUGUAAGUAAGUCCUGUUUUUUUUCAUUUCCAUGGUUUGCUGCAGAGAAAUCCUUUGGACCUUGGGGGAAAGAUGGGCAGAAGGACAAGUAGGGAAGCUGAGUUUUUGGCAGGCUGAGCGUUGCCAUAUUCCCUUGUUAUGUCCCUAUUUUUGUUGGUGCUCCCUACCAGCACCUAUUCACAGUGAAAGGAAACUGGGAAGAAGUUGGCUCUAAAAUUUCCUUUCAAUGAAAAGGGUAAUGUUGAGGGUGUUCACCAGCCAGCAACGCAGCAGUCAGCACCAGCACUGUCACGUUGUACCAAGGAACUGAGGUACUGCCAUGCUUAAAAGAUGGCUUUUAAAAAUGCUAAAAUAAUGUAUUAAAAAAAAAAUAAUUCCUUUUUGGGCUCAGAAUCUUCAUGCAUUGGAUAGCAGAAGCUGCCAGAAGAGGAGAGAGCUGCAGAUUGGUGUUGCUGACAGGGUAAGAAGCCUCCCUGACACUGCAGUCUCUCCUGACAUCUUCCCUUCUUCAUCACAGGUACGACUCGAGUGGUGCACCAGGCUGGGCAUAACCACCUUCACCUGGCCACAGAAUAAAUGAUAAAGUGCUGUAAACCAAAUCACUUGCACUUGCUCCCACAGUUGCAUUCUGCAGUAGUGCCCUUGGGGCUGGAAAGACAAAUUCAGCAGGAGGGCAUUUGUGCUGCUGCAUGGCAGCACGCAGCUCCUGGUGCUCGUCCCACCAGUCUGCAGCUUUACAGCCCCAUAAGGAUCUGAGCAAGGCUAGAAGAAAAAACUGAUCCGAGAGGCUACAGUUUUGCAUCCUGUUGAUGAGAAUAAUUUCUCUUCUUCUGGGAAGUAGGGGAUGCUGUCAGCCACCUCCUGGACAACACCCUGGCGUACUUCUAACCCUUGCUGCACAAGUUCAUUGAUGACGCAUUGCUUUACGUGGUGGUGCUUCAGGGGGAGGAAGGGCACGACAAAAUCAAUGAGAUGUUCAUUAAUAAUCCCAGAUUUCCAGAAUCCACCUACAAAAGCAAAGGAGGAGACAGAAGAUUUUACUUCUGGUGUCUGUGGUCCUUGGAAUUCAAGGAACUGCUUUGUUUGAAGCCAGAGUACUCGGCUGAAGACAGAUCUGCUCGUUUUGUACAAGGACUUAAACCAACAGCUGUCAACCCCUCCUUCCCCAGAUCGAUUUGUCUUUUCCCAGGAAUGGUUAGGUUUAACUGAGCUGCUCAGAUUUUAAGCUCUGCUCUGUGACAAGGACAAAGCAGGCAGCAAGGAUUGAUUCCCAGUGCCUUUUCAGUGAGUGUGCUGUGCUGUUUGCCAUACUUUAUCUGAAUACACAUUUUCUCCAAAGAA